AUGCGUUGUUUGUUGGUUAGUGAGAUCCCAUGUGAGUGUCUCACAGGAUCGCACGAGCGGCCUGUGCCUUUCUGUCAACAAUUUAGAGACAUUCAUUGUUUUGACGUAUUAAAUUGGCGCUAUUGUCAGCGAGUUGAAGGCUCUGACCUCAAAUGUAAGUUUGUGUCUGAAAGCGUGCGCUUGGAUGUGACAGAUGGUGAACCGGAGUUUGCAAAGAGCAGGUGGACUGUGCACUCUUGCUCGUCGUUUCUUGGCUAUGUUUGCCGACACGGAGGAAAGGAACUUCGUACGAAGUUUUCAUUACAUGUAGCUCUAGAGAAUUACGAUUUAGUUAUCGUCUUCGACGUGACGGUAGGCAUCACGAAUGACACUUUGACACAACUGUUAGAGAAGGCAGAGGAGUAUGACUGCAAGAGUGGAUGGUCAGUGAUCUCUGCGUCUGGCUACAGGUUGUUUCCGCACUUUGCAUUGGAUGAUCCAUCGCAAUUCUGGUCUGAUGGCACAUUUGUGCGGUACUUUGGACCAUCUUGCAGUGCUCGAGCAGUUCACAUCUUUGGAAGUGCAUGCUGUGUAAUACCUGGAAGUCUCCUUGACAAGCAACUCACAAUUCCACCUCCAAAUGGAGUAGCUGCUGCUGUAAUUCCUGAGUACUGGCUUUCCUUUAGAUGGCAACAGCAGUUUGGUGCAGCUGUGUGGAAGGUGAAAGUAGACCUUAGUGUAGAGACUGUUAAAGACUUAUAUGUUGGUUCGUCUGUUCCUGAUAUUAAGAAAGCCCUUGAAGAAAUGUACCAGGACCAUUCAUCUAACAAUUGGCCAGUUGAUCUUCAUUUGCCUUUGCCUUCUCUUCCAACACAUGCAUCUAGAAAUUUAAGAAAUGAAGAAACAUCUGUUUGGGAUGUUGGGUUUGGUGGGGUAAACAUGAUUUCUAAUCCAGUGAAGUUUGACUUUGAAGCUGCUGCAUGUUAUGGUGUUCGAGUGAUUCGAAUAGGAGCCAUAGUGACAGCUUAUGGAAGGGACCUUGACUAUCUUAUUUGUGACUAUGACUGUGUUCCUAAAGAAGAUUUGCUGUUUGUGAAUGAUUCGAAGCAAGUUCAUCAGAAUAUAAAGCAGCUACAACAGACUUUAGAUCGAGCCGAAAGAGCUGGUCUCAAAGUGAUAAUCACAUUAACACAGCUACCAGGUAGAGAGUUUGACGAUUCCAAUGAUCACCGCUUCUUGAGAAAUCCAUUGUACUUCAGGAGAGUAGUAUGCCUGUGGGGACUGCUCGUUAAUAGUCUGAGAGAUUAUAAGCAUAUCCUAGCAGGUUAUGAUGUCAUCAAUGAACCGUUUACUCCAGAAGAUGCCCGUGCAGAUGAGCCAAGACCAGUGAACAGUCCAGAAAUUGAGCUGCUGAAUGCUUUUUACAGUGAUGUGGUGAAAGAAAUUAGGGAAUAUGAUAAAGAGACAAUGAUUAUAUUAGAGAGCACUUACUGGUCAUCACCAGAAGCUUUUCCAUUUAUUCAACCUGUUGACGAUCUUCAUAUUGUCUACUCAUUUCAUCUCUAUCAUCCUCAGGUGUUGACACAUCGAAGUAAGAAUACAGGUCGUUUCAAGUAUCCCGGUGAAGUUCCUUGUUGGCCUGGUCCUUGGGGUGGUGACAAGACAUUCUGGAAUAAAGACAUGCUCUCUAGCUACCUUCAGCCUGUGACUGAUUUUCAGCAUAAAUUUGGGAUAAAUUCGAAGAGAAUACUGGUUGGAGAGUUUGGCAUCAGCAGAGAAAUUACUGGAGCAAAGCAAUACUUGUCUGAUCUGAUGGCUAUAUUUAAAGAGCGGGGAUGGAGUUGGUGUCUUUAUUCAUUUCGUGAACCAGAGUGGGACAGCAUGGACUAUGAAUUAGGUUCAGAUAUUGCGAAUAUGUUACAUAGACAUUCAUCAGAUCUUUUCUUAACAGUCGCAGAGCAUUUUCACUGAGUCUUAAAUAAAUAAUAUGGUUUGCAAUUACGUUUGUU